CUGUUCUGAAUUUCUAGGCUCUGCUGACAGUCAAGAGUUUUGUAAACUCCUUUUGCAGGAUAUUGGAAGGGGAAGAUUUAGAGGGAAGCUCAAAUCAAACUUCACAUCAAGAUUUAAAACCAUCACUCAAUUCAUCAGGACCUGAAUAUCAUCGGCAAUUGAAUGUGGAAGGAGAAAUGCUUGUCUGUUCUGUCUGUGUGAAAAGAUUUCAAACAUCAGUGUGACUGGAAAAACACUGAGGUGCGCACACACACCCGAGUGAGAGUGUUCAGUGCACUGACUGUGGAAAGAGCUUUCACAAGUUACAUAGCCUGAAAAAACAUCACACCAUUCACAGCGGGGUGAGACCGUACACGUGUUCUGUGUGUGGACAAGACUAACUGAUUAUUCAACCUGGAGAGACAUAAGGACUCCGGCACCAUGGACAAACCAUGGAAAUGGGAGGAUUGUGGUAAAGGAUUCAAUUAUCCAUCUCAGCUGGAAAUCCAUCGACCCAUUCACACUGGGGAGAAGCUGUUCACCUGUUCCGUGUGUGGGAGGGGAUUCACUCAGACAACCAAACUCAUGUCACACCAGCGAAUUCACACUGAGGAGAAGCCAUUCACUUGCUCUGUGUGUGGGAAGGGAUUCACUCAUUCAUCCGGCUUUAGGUCACAGCAGCGAGUUCAUUCUGAGGAGAAGCCAUUCAGCUGUACUUCCUGUGGAAAGAGUUUCAGGCAUUCAUCCGCCCUUGCUGAACACCAGCGAGUUCACACUGGGGAGAGGCCGUUCACCUGCUCUGUGUGUGGGCAGGGAUUUACUCAGUCAUCCAGUUUGCUGAGACACCAGCGAGUUCACACUGGGGAGAAGCCGUUCAGCUGCAGUUCUUGUGGAAAGAGUUCCAGGCAGUCAUCCACCCUCAUUGCACACCAUCGAGUUCACACUGGGGAGAGACCAUUCACCUGCUGUGUAUGUGGGAAGGGAUUCACUGUAUCAUCCGCCUUCGAGUCACACGUGCAAAUUCACACUGAGGAGAAGCCAUUCAGCUGCACGGACUGUGGAAAGAAUUUCAGGUGUUCAUCUGCUCUCCUGGCACAUCAGAAAGUUCAUACUGGAGAGAGACCAUUCACCUGCUCCGUGUGUGGGAAGAGAUUCACUCGGUCCUUCAACCUAGUGACACAUGAGCGAGUUCAUAAGUGACUGAGGGGGUUGGAUUCUGCUGUUAUCACUGCUGUUAAUCAUAUUCAGGAUUGAUAGUCUGACAAUGUCAAGUUUGUUUCUGCUGAUGUUAACAAUCCCUAUAACUGGCUGGAGUUUAAUAUUCUGCAGAUGUCACUGAUACUCGGGGCUGCAGUGUCCCUUUUUAAAAGCACCAUCUAUGAUCGUUCCCCUUAAUUCAUGAACCUCUAGAAGGUCGGUUCCAUUCCACAGGACGUGCAUGACACAUCAAUAAUUACAAUUUACAAAAACAAAGGGCCCAGAGGAGAUUGGAACAAAAACUUUGUCCACCAAAGGUCCUCCGUCUCAUCCACUCCUUUCAUGACACCAUGCCCUGUACUCUACAGUUUGACGGUUCCACCUCUGACAGUUUCAGGGUGAAGAAUGGAGUGAAGCAGGGCUGUGUCCGAGCCCCCGCUUAGUUUGGUAUUUUCUUCUCCAUGUUCCUGACCUUGGCCUUCCCUGCAGAUAUGGAAGGAGUUUCCCUGCAUACUCAAUCAGAUGGCAAACUACAAUCUGUCCAGACUGAAAGUGAAGAUAAAAUACAGCCUGUCUCGAUCACAGACCUCCUCUAUGCUGAUGAUGUGAUGAUGUCAUGCUUGUGACUCACACAGAAACUCAGCUACAAAGACUCAUGGACCGUCUCUCCCAUGUCUGUAACCUGUUCACCCUUUGUGUAAACAUCAAGAAAACUGUGGUUUGGGGACUGGGUGUCAUAUCCCUGUCCUUGAUCACACUAAAUAACACGCCACUGGAAGUGGUCAGUGAAAUCUAUGACCUUGGGUCCAUAGUGACAGACAAUCGGUUUCUCAAUGCGGAACUUGAUACACGCGUAGGGAAAGCAGCUCCACUUCUGGCCGACUCACGAAUCGUCCAUGGAAUAACAUCAAGCUGCCUCUCAGCACCAAGAUGCUGGUUUAUGAGGCCUGUGUCCUCAGCAUCUUGUUAUCUGCCUGUGAAACAUGAACGAUUUACAGUGAUCAGGAAAGGAAGCUCAACAACUUUCACCUUCACUGUUUGUAACACAUUCUGGGCGUCUCAGGGACAGAAUCAGGAAUGUGGCAGUCCUCUCAAAGACAAAUCUCCCAAGUAGGCUCGCUCUCAUCAAGCAGAGGUGACUUCACUGGCUCUGAAGGAGAGUCAUACGGACUUGAAACGUUAACUCUGUUUCUGUCUCCGUAAUUUCUGCCAGACCUAUUGAGUUUUUCCAGAAUUUUCUGCUUCUACCCCAUAAGAGGCUGCUGGUCUCUCUUCCAUGGUCUUGUCCGUGUCUGGGCGGCUCUGGAGAGGGAGCAUGUGGUGUCCACCCGUACGGUUGAUGCCUUCCACCACCAGUGGGUACCUCAGGGUACAGAGUCUCAGAGACACUGCAAACAACAUUCUGGUUUAGUUAGGAAAGUUCUCUUCGCUCUAUUUGGGGGUUUGAUGCUGAUUUUAAGCUCUUUUAGUUUAAUUGGACAACAUGUUUGAGAGAACAAGAGAAGAAAGUAUGUUCUAUAGAAACUAGAAUUGUCUGUUUUGAAUUCCUACCCUGGACUGACAGU